CGCGCUUCAUAAAUUCACAUUUCGUCGCUGCCUCAAUUUUGCAGCAAUGAAUCCCGAAUCAGUGAUCGAGUUUUUGGGGUGUGUGCCGCUGCUCCAGACGCUGCCGAGUUCGUCUCACAAGAAGAUCGCCGAAGUCGUAUUCGUCAAGCGCUACGACCAAGGAGAUUCUAUAGUUUGUGGUGGAGAUGGGGCUGAUGGGAUCUAUUUCAUAUGGGAAGGAGAGGCUGAGGUCUGUGGGUCUUUACAUUCCGAUGAUAAAAGUCACGCUGAAUAUCACUUGAAGCAAUAUGACUUUUUUGGCCAUGGUAUGUCACCAUCUACUCAGCCAGUGGAUGUGCUUGCUUUGUCUAAGCUGACUUGCUUAGUCCUUCCAAAUGAUCAAGUGCAUUUGUUAAAACCAAAAUCAAUUUGGAGUGCGGAUGACGCACAGGAGAAGCACCCACUCAUUGAGCGAAUUUUACAACUGGAUCCUAUAGAGGUUGAUGUUUUCCAAGGUAUUACUUUGCCUGAUGCAAUAAAACAUGUAAGCGUGUUUGGCGGCCAAUUUCUAGGACAGGCACUAGCUGCAGCGUGUAAAACUGUUGAUUCUCAAAAGAUUGUUCACAGUUUGCAUGCAUACUUCAUUCUUCCUGGCGAUCUUAGUAGACCAAUUAUAUAUAAAGUGCAUCGUGUACGUGAUGGGAAAAGCUUUGCAACCCGAAGGGUAGAAGCUAUACAAAGAGAGAAAGUCUUGUUUACACUAAUGGUUUCUUUUCAGAACGAGGAACAACUGUUCAUUCACCAGGUGGUAGCAAUGCCUUCUGUGCCUGAUCCAGAAAAGCUUAUAUCAAGGGAAGAGUUGCAAGAACAACGUCUUGUUGAUCCUAGGAUUCCGAGGACAUACCGCAUUGAAGCUGCUGGUACUGAUUUUUUUCGGUGGCCCAUUGAGCUUAGGUUCUGUGAGCCUGAUACUGCUGCCACCAAUUACAAAAAAUCUCGUCCAAGUUUAAGGUACUGGUUUAGAGCUAGAGGAAUACUUUCUGAUGAUCAGGCUUUGCACAGGUGCAUAGUGGCUUAUGCUUCUGAUUUGUUUUUUCUCGAAGUGAGUUUACACCCACAUUAUGAAAAGGAUCUUAAGUCAACAAAUGUUAGCCUAGACCAUUCGAUGUGGUUUCACAAGCCUCUUAGAGCUGACGAUUGGCUGCUAUAUGUGAUUGAUAGUCCAAUUUCUCACAGCGGUCGUGGAUUUGUUAAUGGACGAAUGUUUACUCGAACAGGAGAGCAGCUAGUUGUUUCUAUAGCGCAAGAGGGAUUAUUGAGGAGGGCGAGGGAACCAGCUCCAGCUCCAGCUUCCGCAUCCAAACUAUAAAAUUCGGUGGCAUCGAUCAACUCUAUUUUUUUCAACUCAAAACAGAGCUGCCCCCUUCAGAGAAAUGAUUUGUGGUAGAGAAUAAACUGGCUCGGAAAUGAGGGAAUUAGAUUUCCACCAAGAAUUGUGCUAAAACAUCAAUUAAUUCAAUUGUUUGGCGUGUAGGUUAUGCAUGCCUUAUUUUCUCGU